AUGGAGUCCCCGUAUGUGGUCGUAAGAGACGCAACACCUGUUGACCUAUUUAAGAUUCUUAUGGAUGCUAUUUUCCCUAACGUCGAUGUUAAAACUUUGGCGAAUGGUAAGAUUCUUCAAGUCGCCGAGGAUAAGCUCCUAGGCGUUAUCCUCGGUUUCAUUGUCUUUGAUAAUGGUGAACUGAAGCGUACUGGUUAUGGUCAUAUCACUUCCCUCUUCAUUAACCGUAUCUUUCAGAGAAAAGGACACGCUACUCGACUUGUGACCAAUGCCGAAAUGGACUUGGACAAGCAAGGUGCUGCUUACGUCUCAGUGUCCGUCCAGACGACAGACACCGAAGCAUUACUCUUCUUCAAAAAGAUGGGGUAUGAGCAGGAGGAGGCGGUGACGAGCAAUAAUAUUGAUGGGAAUAAUGAUGCUAAUGUUGUAACGCCCACUUUCGUUUAA